GAUAUUUCUGUAGUAUGUGAUUCAGUUCAUAGCAUUGAUAGCACAUAUUAGGGUGUAAUCUUGACACCAAGUCGCUGCUAUGCGAAUCUCCGUGCUCCGAUCGCACCUGAUAUCACUCUCAGUCCCAGCUGGCUGGCAUGAAAAUGUUGAAUUGUCACCAACUUUUGCAAGCAUGGAAAGUUCUGCAGGCUGAAGAAUUGCCAUUGGUCGCUUCAAAAGCAGUGUGUUCUGCAAAGCACAGCUUUCUCCAAACGGGGCCAUAUCCUCUUCAGUGACGGAGGAGCAUCGCAGAAUUUCUUUCACGUUAGAAAGAGAUUGCAAACGUUCUGCGAUGCUGUACAGGGACGACGCACCUUGACCAAAUGAAAUGAAGGACAAGAUCCUUGUUCUUCCAACUGCUACCAAACUAUCAGAUGCGGGGUACACAAUAAGAGGAUCUGGACUCUGAAGAGGUGAAAAAGAAAAGGCGUAGCAAACAGGGCCAAUAAAAAUCUAGCUUUUAAAAGUCAUCCAUUAAAACCGAAGCAACAGAAGAAGCUCAACUAAGUCAGAGAAGGAAGGCUCCAAAUUUGACUAAUUGAAACACGCCAUCACUACUUACGUGGUGUAAUUGUUCACCUUCACGUACCAACCACCAAGCUCAGAACAAUGGGGGUCUUGAGCUGGCUUCCGUCUCUCAUGGCCAUCCUGAUCAUAAUCCCCACGGUGAGCGCCAGCGAUGAGGCUGUGCUGCUAGCUCUGAAAGCGCAGGUUGCCACCGGUGGCUCUGGCUCCGGCACGCUGGCCUCCUGGAACGGCAGCGCCAACUUCUGCAGCUGGGAAGGCGUGACCUGCAGCCGCCGGAGACCAGAGCGGGUGACGGCACUCAACUUGUACGGCAGCGGGCUCUACGGAGCACUCUCCCCAGCUGUUGGGAAUCUGACUUUCCUGCAGACGCUCAACCUGAGCUCCAAUGGGCUGUACGGCGAGAUUCCAGCAAGCCUCGGUGGCCUCCGGCGUCUCCAGAAACUCGACCUUAGUGACAACUCGUUCUCCGGCACCUUCCCUGCUAACCUCAGCUCCUGCGUCAGCAUGAGGAUCAUGGUACUACACGACAAUAGGCUUAGCGGUCGCAUUCCAGCUGAGCUCGGUGAGACGAUGGUGUCCCUGCAAGCAAUCUCGCUGAGGAACAACAGCUUCACAGGCCCCAUCCCAGCAUCACUAGCCAAUCUGUCUCGUUUACAGUACCUCAGUCUCUCCAGCAACCAGCUCGACGGCUCAAUACCACCAGGGCUCGGCAGCAUUCAGAGCAUGUGGCGCCUCGACCUCUCUACAAACAACCUCUCCGGUGUGCUUCCACUCUCUCUGUACAACUUGUCAUCAAUGGCCAGCUUUCAGGUAGGGGGAAAUCUGCUGCAUGGAAGCAUUCCUGCUGAUAUUGGCAACAAGUUCCCUGGCAUGCAAAUCUUAAGCCUGUCCAACAACAACUUCACCGGAACAAUCCCUUCGUCAAUAUCCAACCUCUCCGAUCUCACAACACUUCUUCUCGGAGGAAAUAGAUUGAGCGGGUAUGUGCCUGCUACUUUGGGGAGGUUGCAAGCUCUGCAGGAGUUGUACUUGACUGGAAACAUGCUUAAAGCAAAUGACAAGGAGGGAUGGGGAUUUAUCAGUUCUUUGGCGAACUGCAGCCAGCUACGGUGGUUAUUACUUGAUGACAACUCCUUCGAAGGACACUUACCAGGUUCAAUCUCAAACCUCUCAAGUACUCUCCAGAAAUUAUACUUGAAUGACAAUAGGAUCUCUGGGAGCAUCCCUGCAGACAUCGGGAAUCUUGUCGGCCUAAACUUACUGUUGAUGGUGAAUACUUCCAUGUCAGGAGUGAUUCCAGAGAGCAUAGGGAAACUAGAAAACUUGGUUGACCUUGGCCUAUAUAGUAGUGGAUUAUCAGGUCUCAUACCACCAUCUAUUGGAAAUCUCACCAAAUUAACCAGGUUCCUUGCAUUUUACAACAAUUUGGAAGGACCAAUACCAGAAAGUCUUGGGAAGCUGAAGAAUCUAUUUAUUCUUGAUUUGUCAACAAAUUACUACCUAAAUGGUUCAAUACCCAAGGCAAUUUUGAAGCCUUCGCUUUCAUAUUACUUAGAUUUAUCAUACAAUUCUCUGUCAGGACCCCUUCCAUCAGAAAUUGGUACCAUGAUCAACCUCAACCAAUUGAUCCUGUCAGGAAACCAGUUGUCUGGCCAAAUACCAAAUAGCAUCGGAAAUUGCAUAGUUUUAGAAAAACUGCUGCUGGACAAGAACAUGUUUGAAGGAAGCAUACCUCAAUCUCUGAAAAACUUGAAAGGACUGACUGUAUUGAAUCUGACAAUGAACAAUUUGUCUGGUGGGAUCCCAGAUGCCAUCGGUAAUAUUGGAUAUCUGCAACAGUUGUACCUAGCACACAACAAUUUGUCAGGGCCAAUCCCAGAAGUUCUAGAGAAUUUGACAUUACUAUCUAUAUUGGACGUAUCUUUCAAUAACCUGCAAGGCAAGGUGCCAGAUGGAGGUGCUUUCAGAAACCUAUCUUACAAAUCAGUCGCUGGAAAUACUGAGUUGUGCAGCGGAGCACCUCAACUUCACUUGGCACCUUGCUCUACAAGACCUAUAAAAAAGAGCAGAAAAAAGAAGUUCAAGUCUCUUACAAUUUCUGUCCUAACAACUGUAGCAGUCUUAUUGUCAUUUUCAGUAAUUCUUUUUGUUUGGAUGCUCCGUAAAAAGCUCAAACAAAAUCAGAAGGAAAGAGUGCAAUCUCCAAUUGCUGAUGAGCAAUAUGAAAGAAUUCCAUACCUUGCAUUAUCCCGAGGAACUGAUGGGUUUUCAGAAGCAAACUUGCUCGGAAGUGGCAGAUAUGGUGUUGUUUAUAAGUGUGUUUUUGACAAUGAGGAUAAAACCUUCGCUGUCAAGGUCUUUAACCUUUCUCAGUCUGGAUCUUCCAAGAGUUUUGAGGUGGAAUGUGAGGCCAUGAGAAGGAUACGACACCGUCGUCUCAUAAAAAUCAUUACUUGUUGCUCGAGCUUUGACCUCCAAGGUCAAGAGUUUAAGGCAUUGGUUUUUGAGUUUAUGCCUAAUGGUAGCCUAGAUGUUUGGCUUCAUCCAAAAUUUCAUAAAUUCGCUACAAGCAGAACACUCAGCCUUGCCCAGAGGCUUGAUAUUGCUGCUGAUAUCAUUGCUGCAGUAGAAUAUCUUCACAACAGCUGUCAACCACCAGUAAUCCAUUGCGAUCUUAAACCAAGCAACGUCCUUCUUGCUGAAGACAUGAGUGCUCGAGUUGGAGACUUUGGCAUAUCAAAAUUCCUGCCGGAAAAUACAAGCAGGAGGAUGCAAAAUUCAUAUAGCAUAACUGGAAUAAGAGGCUCCAUUGGCUAUGUUGCUCCAGAGUAUGGUGAAGGCUCUGCAAUCUCAACAGCUGGUGAUAUCUAUAGUCUUGGCGUAUUGCUGCUUGAGAUAUUCACUGGAAGGAGCCCAACAGAUGACAUGUUCAGAGAUUCACUAGGUCUGCAUAAGUUUACCGAGGAUGCUCUUCCUGAUAGAACCUUGGAGAUAGUGGACUCAACAAUCUGGAUGCACGUAGAACCCAAGGAUAGCAUUACAAGACGUGGAGUCCAGGAGUGCUUGAUCUCUGUCUUCAGGCUGGGCCUAUCCUGCUCGAAGCAACAGCCUCGGGAGCGACCAUCGAUAAGAGAUGUAGCAGCAGAGAUGCAUGCAAUCCGAGAUGCAUACCUAAUGUUUGGCAAUUAGAUUCCAGGGGAAUACGAGACAACAGAGCUGCUUCGAUCAACAAGCUGGUAGAAAUAACCCUGAAAUAGACAAAAAUAAAAUCCAAACAUGCUGUUUCAGGUUAAAAACUGCUCCAAGAGCUAUGUUUCUUUAUGUAAUGGAGCCGGUAUCAGAUAAUGUACAGCAGAUUUCAC